GGAUUCGCGGUUAUUAAUUAUAUUUGGCUAUGUUUUUGUUAUAUUUAAAGUUCGCGAUCUCGAUAAUAUUCGGCUGCUAGGUUUGUUAUCUUGAAGAUUCAAAAGUUUUUGUUAUUGUUUUUAUUCGAAAAUAAAUAGAGUACGAAAAGGGUUCGUAUUGAAGCGAUUAAAUCAAUCGCCCUUAUUGUUGAAUUCCUUUUUCGUUAUGUCGCGGAUUCGCGGUUAUUAAUUAUAUUUGGCUAUGUUUUUGUUAUAUUUAAAGUUCGCGAUCUCGAUAAUAUUCGGCUGCUAGGUUUGUUAUCUUGAAGAUUCAAAAGUUUUUGUUAUUGUUUUUAUUCGAAAAUAAAUAGAGUACGAAAAGGGUUCGUAUUGAAGCGAUUAAAUCAAUCGCCCUUAUUGUUGAAUUCCUUUUUCGUUAUGGUAGCAGGCUGAUCCUAAAUAAUCGUUCGUUUCGUCCUCCGAAUUCGUUGGUAAAUUCCAAAAAUGCCGGAAACCAGCGAAAAUGCCGAAAAGCUAAAAGCGUUAUCCACCCGAAAGUCCAGACUUCGUUCUUCACUGACUAGAAGUAUGUCAUACGUAAGUGAGAAGCUGGCGACGGCAGAUUUUAACGAAGUUAAAGUGAAAUUGACAAUGGUCGAAGAUAUAUAUAAAAAUUAUCUUGCUUUACUUGACGAAUUCGACAACUUCGAAGUUCCGGAUCUGGACCCUUUCAUAGAAAAAUUCGAAGAUGACUACAUCGCCAUUAAAGGUAAAUUAGAAAGCAGUAUCGAAAAAUUCUCUAAUAGCAGUGCUGUUCCAGGUUUUAAAAGACAGUGUACAACUGAAUCUGGUGGUAGCGGUAGUUGUUGUUCUUCUUCAAAAGCUACGAUUAAGUUACCAAAGUUGGAGUUGAAGAAAUAUGGUGGUAAUCUACUUGAAUUCGAAUCGUUUUGGUCUUCGUUCAACUCAGCUGUACAUAAUACUGAUUUAGAAGCAACUGAUAAAUUUACGUACUUGAGAAAUAACCUGGUAGGCGAAGCUGAAUUAUUGUUGAAAGGUAUGGGUACCACUGCUGCAAACUAUCCAAUCGCAUACGAAAUGGUAAAAAAGAAGUUUGGUAAUAAAAAGAAAUUAAUUGAUUUAUUAUACGAUAAUUUAACGAAAAUUCCAAAAAGUAACAAAUGGACUAAAAAUUUGCGAAAUACUUACGAUAAUAUUGAAUCGAAUUUACAUGCUUUAGAAGGUGUAGGUGAAAAUAUUCAAAACAACACCAUACUGUACUCGAUGAUUAUGAAGAAGUUUCCAUUUGAUAUAAUUAUGAAAGCCGAUUUGGAUGUUGCAAGUAACGAUUUAUCCGAAUUGAGGCAGAAAGUUGGCGAAUUGAUAUGGAAACAAGAGCAAUAUUGUGGUACUACAGAGAGCUUGAUAACUGGUGAUAGAAAACCGAGUAAAAAAUGUAUCUAUUGCGGUGAAACGUCACAUUAUUCCGAUGAAUGCAGCAAAAUAACGACAUUGGAAGACCGAAGAAAGAAAUUGAAUGGUCGUUGCAUCAUUUGUUUGAAUCCUGGUCAUCUCGCUAAAGACUGUACGGUAAACAAACCAUGUGUACAUUGUAAGAAACGUCGUAGUCAUCAUCGUAGUUUAUGUAUUAAAUUAUUUUCAAAAGAAGUUAGUAAUCCUGAACCAACUGAAUCUUUACUAAUGAAAGAUCAAGAAGGUAACCUGUUAGCAGCCACAAUCAACGUUGGUAAUGAAAGUCGUGUUCAGAAAGUUACCUCAAUUCUGGAUAGCGGUUCAAGAAGAUCAUACAUUACUACGAGCUCCUCGAGAAAUUUCAACCAAGGUCGUUAG